AUGGGCUCCGUAGGCCAUCUCUCCGACCCCCAGGAAUAUCAGAAGAUCUUCCACUGGGCGGAGACACAGAAGGACGGUGAAAUUCCCUCCUUCUCCACGCGCCGGAAUGACCCUUAUGAGUAUCAAGCUGGAUUUGGGAACGCAUUUAUCUCCGAGGCGGUGCCCGGAACGAUUCCCCACGGACAGAACAGUCCUCGUCAUGUACGCUUUGGCUUGUACGCGGAGCAGGUAACCGCCACGGCGUUUGUGGCCCCGAGACAUGCGAACAAGAAGGCCUGGCUCUACCGUGCUCGUCCGGCGGUGGCCCACCAAGGAUUUACCAACCUCCCAGACAACCCCGACACUGAGGCCACUUUCUUGCCCUUGAACCCGCGGGUCCACGUCUCCCCCACCCAGCUGGCAUGGCAUCCAUUCGAUAUCCCCUCGCACGAGCCGGUAGACUUCGUCACCGGUCUGAAGACCGUCGCUGGAUCUGGCGACCCGACUCUGCGCGAGGGCCUCGCCACACACGUCUACACCGCCAACACCAGCAUGACCCAGAAAGCCUUUGUGAAUUCCGACGGGGAGAUGCUCAUCGUGCCCCAACAGGGCGCUUUGGACAUCCAGACCGAAUUCGGUCCCCUUUUCGUCCAACCGGGUGAGAUUGUCGUGAUCCCACGCGGCAUCCGCUUCCGCGUCGAGGUUCCCGAUGGGCCUUCUCGCGGUUACAUCCUCGAAAUCUGGGGCUCUUGCUAUGAACUCCCCGAACUGGGCCCACUGGGCGCCAACGGCCUCGCCAACACGCGGGACUUCCUCACCCCGGUGGCCAAGUAUGAAAUCCGCCAGGAGGCAUGGGAGAUCGUAUACAAGCUCGGGGGCAAGUUCUUCGCCAGCACGCAGAACCAUAGCCCAUUUGACGUUGUGGCCUGGCACGGUAACUAUGUCCCCUACAAAUACGACAUGACGAAAUUCGUCAACGUCGGCUCUAUCUCCGUCGAUCACAUCGACCCCUCCAUCUUCUGCGUCCUGACCGCAAGAUCCCGCGACCCGACUGCCCCUCUCGCCGACUUCCUUAUCUUCUCCCCGCGAUGA